CAGUGCAGUUACCUUAGAAGUUUUGUAAAGGCUCCUUUGCUUUUGGAAAUGUGCCCAGAGGAAGAACUCUUCAGCUGAACCCUCCCUCCCUCCGGGGGUGCCCUGGGUUUUUGGCUGCUUGUAUCCUCAGAAUGGGGCAGGCUGGCACUUCCCUCUGGCUCUCCCUGGAGCAGGGCUCACCGCUUGUCCUCCUCUCUACUCACAAAACCCUCCUGGAUGGGAUCCUGCUGCCCUUUGUGCUGCUCUCCCAGGGCCUGGGUGUGCUCUGUGUGGCCUGGGACUCCCGUGUCUGCUCCCCUGCCCUCAGAGCUCUGCUGAGGAAGCUUGGGGGGCUUUUCCUGCCCUCAGAGGCCAACCUCUCCCUGGACAGCUCUGAGGGGCUCCUUGCAAGGGCUGUGGUCCAGGUGGUCAUAGAGCAGCUGCUGGUCAGUGGGCAGCCCCUGCUCAUCUUCCUGGAGGAACCUCCUGGGACCCUGGGGCCACAGCUGUCAGCCCUGGGCCAGGCUUGGCUGGGAUUUGUGGUAAGGGCGGUCCAGGUGGGCAUCAUCCCAGAUACUCUGCUGGUACCAGUGGCUGUCACCUAUGAUGUGGUUCCGGAUGCACCGUGUGAAAUAUACCAUGCCUCAGCCCCCCUCGGGCUGUGGACAGGAGCUCUGGCUGUCCUGCGGAGCCUCUGCAGCCACUUGGGCUGCAGCCGUCAGAUCUGCUCCCGGGUACACCUAGCUCAGCCCUUCUCCCUGCAGGAAUACACCAUCAGUGCCAGAAGCUGCUGGGGCAGCAGGCAGACCCUGGAGCAGCUACUGCAACCCAUCGUGCUGGGCCAAUGUACUGCUGUCCCAGACACUGAGAAGGAGCAGGGGUGGACCCCUAUAAUUGGGCCCCUCCUGGCCCUCAAGGAAGAGGACCAGCUCCUGGUCAGGAGACUGAGCCAUCAUGUCCUGAGUGCCAGUGUGGCGAGCUCUGCCGUGAUGAGCACAGCCAUCAUGGCGACGCUGCUGCUCUUCAAGCACCAGAAGGGCGUGUUCCUGUCGCAGCUCCUGGGGGAGUUCUCCUGGCUGACGGAGGAGAUACUGUUGCGUGGCUUUGAUGUAGGCUUCUCUGGUCAGCUGCGGAGCCUGCUGCAGCACACACUGAGUCUGCUGCGGGCACAUGUGGCCCUGCUACGCAUCCGCCAGGGGGACUUGCUAGUGGUGCCGCGGCCUGGCCCAGGCCUCGCGCACCUGGCACGGCUGAGUGCUGAGCUGCUGCCCGUCUUCCUGAGUGAGGCUGUGGGUGCCUGUGCGGUGCGGGGGCUGCUGGUAGGCAGAGUGCCGCCCCAGGGACCCUGGGAGCUGCAGGGCAUAGAGCUGCUGAGCCAGAACGAGCUGUACCGCCAGAUCCUGCUGCUGAUGCACCUGCUGCCACAAGAGCUGCUGCUCCUGCAGCCCUGCCAGUCUUCCUACUGUUAUUGUCAGGAGGUGCUGGACCGGCUCAUCCAAUGUGGGCUCCUGGUUGCUGAGGAGACCCCUGGCUCCCGAGCAGCCUGUGACACAGGGCGACAGCGAAUGAGCAGAAAGCUGCUGUGGAAACCGAGUGGGGACUUUACUGAUAGUGACAGUGAUGACUUCGAAGAGGCCGAGGGCUGGUACUUCAGGGUCUCAGAGCAGUUGCGCUGCCCAGACUUCUUUCUUUCCCUCUGCCGCCUGCUCAGCCCACUGCUCAAGGCUUUCACACAGGCUGCUGCCUUCCUCUGCCAGGGCCAGCUGCCUGAUACUGAGUCUGGCUACACAAAGCAGCUGUUUCAGUUGCUCCAGGCCACCGCCCAGAAAGAAGGGAUCUUUGAGUGUGUGGACCCAAAGCUCGCCAUCAGGGCUAUCUGGACCUUCAGAGACCUAGGGGUUCUGCAGCAGAUACCGAGACCUGCAGGCCCCAGGCUCCACCUGUCUUCUACUUUUGCCAGCCAGGACAAUCAGGAAAAACUAGAACAGUUCUUCCGGCAGUUCAUUUGUAGCUAGAACUGUGAGGUGGAGCCUGUGCUGAGACUUCUCAGCUCCAGAACACAGCUGUGUCCUAGAGCCAGAAGAGAGACAGGAGGCUGCAAACCCUUACCUGGUCUAUAAAAUCAUUGAGGCUUGGUUGUCCCUUGCCAUUUCUUGUUUUCUCCCUCCUUUGAUAUAAUAAACAAGAAGACUGGGCGUGUUGUCUUU